GAAUCGUAUCUUCAUAGUACUUCAAAUGGAAAGGAAUUCUAUGGGUCGAUAGACCUCUUAUCAUCACUGCUCAGAACUGAAGGCUGUUUAUCUAUAUCAUAUCAAGGUUAUCGGAACAAGCGAUGCUCCAAAAAUAGGUACUUAUCAUGCUUAAAUGGUCCAAUAGGUUUCCUAGUUUACACAAUUCCCACAAGUGGUCAACAUUGCAAGUGCGACUUCUUCGGUAUUAUAUCCCCUACAAUGAGUGAUGAGUCUUAUAGGUUUUUGUAUAAUAUGGCCCAUUUUGGUUUUUCUCUCAUGUUACUAGUGUCAGUGGUUGGGUUAUUCUGACGUCUUGGAACGAAUUUAUGGUGAUUGAUAAGCUGGAAUACUAGCGAUACAGGUCUUUCCUAUAGUUUUCAUAAAUCCUGUCAACGGUUUUGUGUUUGUCAGGUUGUUGUAAAAAUAACCAAACUUUCCUUUAGACAUCGAUUGUAAACCAAAUAUAUGGUGCACUCUAAGUCAGUCCCUUGAUCCAUGUGUUUGCCAAGCUAAUGCAUUUUGUCUUCAAAACUAUUUAAGAUUUAGUCGAUUUCCGUAGUUUUUGAUUUUCAAAGUAUUGGCAUGCUGCUUGUCCUAAGAAAGUAGUUACCCAUCUUUACGAUCACAGACACUAAUCUGUUGUUUUUAACAUUAUUAUUCCUAACCUGAGGUUUGAUUUUUCAUCUUGGCUGGUUUCAACCCGUAACAUGAGAAGUCCUCAAUCAUCACUUUCUACUCUUUCACAAACUCCAACCUCAUAUUGUUCAAACAUAACAGAAUAAAAGCCAACUGUUUCUUCACGAAUUGUUUUGGCUAGCCCUAUUGUAUUCUUGUUUUAAGUCGAAGACUUGAAAUAAUUUGACCUGAUAUUUAAGUACAAGUCAUGUACUCAGUUGGGAGCCGAAAUUCUGUGUGAUAGGUGAUACUUCUAUACUGCCCUAUCUGUAGUAGAUUUAGCAGGGUUUGAGUCUAGGGUAUAGUGGCCAAAAUUUGGGUGCUUUUAUUAGUAGACAACCACUCAGCCCAGAUAGUUGCUCAAUUCUAGUUAUUGACGUUUCAAUCACCGUAAUUGAUCCAUGUACAUUUCAUCAGUUGAUUUAUCCACUUUGACUGUUGCAUGUAUGAGAGACAAGUUAAUAAUUUUUAUUGAUGGCAUAAAAGUGUCUACUUCGUUAAUAUAUCAAGAAUCCUGUCAAAUUAAACAAAGCCAUAUUACUACGACAGAAUAUGAGACAAAUUCGCACAGAAGGAGAGUAAAUAUACUUCUGAGGCAUAGUUUAAUUGAAAAUACGACCAAAAUUUAUUUUGUUGUUAUUAAGUCCACCUUACUAGUGUAAAAAGCAGCUACAGACCGAUUUCCACCUACAAAAUCGACAAAUAACACGCGGUUCAAGCGCCGCCAAGAUGACGUCUGUUAAAAAUGACCAAUCUAACAGACUGUUUCCAAAUGAAAACGUUUGUUGGAUCAUAACCUCGGAUACAUCCAAACACGUUGGCAAAUUUUAUUUCUAUGUACACUGAGUUACGAUCGAAUCCAAGUAAUUCUUCAAUGAUGAGAUGCAGAAUUGUUGGGCUUUUUUUUAAUCUACUUAGUGAUAAACUCGGCUUUGAUUUAGUUGCAUAUCAAAUGACCUGUUCUUACCAAUUUAGUCUGGAUAGGCUUUAGAAAUGGUAAACGUCGACCCCUACAUACAUGAUAAGCUUUUUGAUUCAACAAUUUUAAAAUGGUUUGAACUGUCACAGUAUUAAUAUACCCAAAUCAGGUAUGGUAUCAACUAGAUAGUUACUGUUUUCUAACUUUUCUGUGAAUUCUCAUCAUGCGAAUCCUGGGAUAUUAAAAAUUCCCUCCAGAAUUAGGAUCGUUCGGUGCAGAUCCUCAUAGAAAGUCAACCAGUCAGUCGCAGCGUAGAACCUGACACCUGUGUACAUCCGUUCAAGUUGCCAUUUCCAUUAGUACAUAGAGAUGAAAUUGUCAGGAAAAAUCCCAGUAUAUUGGAAUUAACAAUAGUACUAGUGAUAACAGAAAAGAUUAGGCAUCGGAGGUGCAACUCAAGAAAAUAAAAAUUUAGUGAAAUAUAAUAAUUAUUGGGAAUUUAGAAGCUUAGAACCUAAGGGGAAACGAAGAAUGGAUGAACCUACGCCAUCUCAAACGGUUUGGACCCAUAUCAUUCAAAAUCUCUAACCACUGAUUACGAUGAUCACACAGUUCUCAAGCAAGUAGUUCACGCCUGUUAACAUAGCUUACUCUAAUUGUCGGUGACUUCGUAGACUGGUCCCACGUUUUGAUUUGGCAGCCCUAGCUUUCUCCCAACCCACUCCUACACCACACAACAUCGCUCGUCAAGGUAGGCAGUGGUUUAGCAUACGUAACAUGUGUCUCAACCAUCCCAGUUGAUGAAAGUUUACUGCCUCAUUAAUCGGGUUUCCAUAGUUUCUUAGUACACUGUCCCUAACCCAGUCACUGCUUACUUGGUGGUCCUAAAACAUACGAGCAAUGACCCAAGACACCUAUGAUCUAAUACUGUUAAUCUACAAAUAUCUUCUACUCUCAAUAGUCAUGUUUCACACUCAUGAAUUAAAAUGUAUGUGAGGACUUAGUUGCAUUAACGUUUCACUUUUUAACUUUUGCCUAAAAAUUAUGUAGCACAUCAACUAAAUUUCUAACCUUCAUUGUGUUUUCCUACUAAAUGAUUCAACCAAUAUUAUUAGUUUUACAGAAUUCAACCUGUUAGAGGAAAUCCAAAAUUUAAAACACAAGUAACUCUAGAUUAUAUUUAUAUUCAGACCGUAUUAACAAACAUUUUGUUAAUCAAGUUCAUUUUCUAUUGGUCUCUCUAUGAACCUAUUAUCACUUAACAUGUUAUUAACUUUUAGGGAUAAAAAAGAUGACCAACCUACAGAUUGGCCAAAAUAUGCUGAACAUUUAGAACAUUGUGUUGACGAUGUACGACGUGUCGCAAGUGAUGUACACAGAGGUCUAGUUCAAAAUGUUCUCGUCAGUAAGAAAAAUAAAAAGUAUCCUGAGUAUGUACUGUCAACUAUUUUAAAAGAAUCCGUCGAUAAACCCAAUACAGAUGACCGACUUUUUGUUUGUGUCACUCGUGAAGCUAGUAAAGCUUUGUUAACUCUAUCUACAUAUCAUCGAGAUCAUGAGAAUAGAGUAGAACGUCAAAUUGUUGAACCAUUAAAUCGUCUAACUGAAGAAACAUGUGUCAACAUUACAAAAGGUCGACGUAAUUUACAAAAAUGUUUGACAGAUGUUCGUAAUGCACGUGGACAAUUACAAAAAACUAUGCAAUGUAUACAAACAAAUACAAAUUCAAGUUAUCCUGGUUCUUGUAAUCCAUCUGUGACAAUUGAUGCAGUCAAUCGAAUUAGUCAAGCUCAACAUCAAUUAGAAGAGAAAAAAAGUGAAUUAGAAUCUUCAAAAGAACAAUUACUUCGUGAUCUGUAUUCAUUCGCCGCUGAAGAAGAAAACUAUUCACGCCUUAUACUUAAGUACUUUGAAUUACAAGAAAAUUAUUUAUCGGAUAGUUUACAGUUGGUUCAAAAAGUGAUUUCCGAUAUAUCUCAAACUAUCAGACUACAGAAAUGUCUUACUACAUUUGGCCGACAUCUACCUGAUCAUUUAGCCGAGACUAAACGAUCUAUCGCCUAUGUCCUAGACGUAUGUAUUAAUUAUUUGAAUCAAGAAUCUAUCAUGCAAGAAGAGGGUCUUUUUCGAAAGUCUGGAUCCCAAAAACGGACAGACCUCUUAGUAAAAGCUUUAAAUAUCAUGCAAAUCGAUGAAAAUUUACUUAGAAAAUGUGACUGUGCUGUUGUUGCUGCUGCUUUGAAACAAUAUUUGCUUAGUCUUCCUGAACCAUUAAUCACUUAUGAUUUCGCUGAUCAAUGGGCUGCUGCUUCUAAAAAACCGAAUUCAGCAGCGGUUAAUCUACAGUUAAUUCAUAGUUGCCUUGAAAAAAUGCCUAAGGAGUUUCGUUUAAAUUUAGGCUAUUUAAUGUGCUUCUUGCAGAAAUUGUCUAGUCAAUCAGAUAUGAAUAAAAUGACUUCUGAUAAUUUAUCAAUAGUGAUUGCACCAAACGUGUAUAGACUUUCAUACUGUUCCAUGGGUACUGGUAAUAAUAUUGCCAAUGGCAGUUCAGUACGACAAAUUGAAGAUUUAGGAAAAUCUUUAGAUUUCUUACAAAGCAAUGGUCCAGGAAUUCAUUUAGUAGAUAUUCUUAUCCAAAAUGCAGAACAGUUAUUUGGUCAAGAGCAAGCCUCGUUUCGUGUAACUCAUGUUCCACCUAAUUUCGGAAUAAAAGUUUCUUCACAGUGUCCAUCUACUACUGGUUCUGUACCUUCAUUGAAGUCAUCGAAUUCCGGCACUGGUGUUUCUCAUGGAUUUGAUAGCAGUACCAUAGCGUUAAAUGAACAAUCAUCUCAGAAUGUUAACCAAUUAAUUGCUCCCAGAAAACCUGUUGGUGUUGAUCAUGAUUUUGGUGUUUCUACUUCCCAUUCAACUCAGUCUGCUAUAACUUCCAGGAUGUCAAAUUUAAGUACUACUCCUAUACUUCAACGAAAGAAAAAUGCUGCUCCAAAACCACCAGUUCUUUUAAAUCCAACGAAUUAUUCAAUAACUCAUGUGAAUAAUAAUGAUCCUGAAAAAUCAGAAAAUCCCUCUGGCACUGACAUAGAAAACAAAAAUAAUGGUGAUAGUAACAACAUUUGUUGCAGUAGUCAUUCAGAAGUAUUAAUUCAUCAUUCUCAUCAUGAAAGUCUUCCACAAAUUAUAAGUAGCUCAACCACAAACUGCACAGAAUUAACAACCAUUAAUCAUAGUCAAAAAUUGUCAUUACCAUCACAAAUGAUCACACCACCAACUAUUCAUGAAUCGAAACUGAAUAAAGAUCUACCACCUAAACGACCCCCACCACCUGAUGCUAAUUCUAAGUCGAAUAAUUCUACAUUAGAAUUAGAUACUGAUAAUGUAACUGUUAUGUAGAAUAAUCGAUUUGUGUUCAACUCUAAGUGUGCUUGUUUUUUUUCUACUCAACAGAAAUUAUUAUCCAUAUCCUCCCACUUUUUUCGAGGUUUUUUUUAAACAAUUAGAAACUGCUAAAUUUAUGAAAAUCCCUUGUAAUUGAUUAUGUUUAUAAUACUUCUAACUACUACUACUUUUGUCAUAUGUAAGUAGUAAUAGUAGUUUAUUUAUGAAUAAAAUAUGUAAUUCAUGUUCAUUUCUCCUCUUCUAUCAUUUGAUAUUAGUCACUUUUGUUUAAAAACAAAUUCUCUAUCAUGAAUUUCCUGAUACAAAUCAUUCAUGUGUUUUGUUUUGUUUGUCGAAAGAAACUAUAAUAUUCCUAUUUAUUACAAUGUUGUAAACAAUAAACAAUUUUUUUUGUUAUGCAUGAUUAUUCAUACAUAUGUAUCCAUUUGCCAACUUCAUCUAUAUUUAGCUUUAUAUUCAUCUCUAAUGUUGCAACGGCGUAAGUGAACAAUGAAUUUAUGUUCAAAUGGUCUCACUAAAUUGUUUUCAAUAUUGUUUGUUGUAUGUGUGUGCGUGCAUGUACACACUGCACCAAAGAUUUCAACUUCCUUCACAAACCAACUUGUUUAUUUUUGUAUACUUAGAAAAACAAAGUAUGAAAAUUAUUAAUUUUCUUCAGUGGCCUAAUACAUUCCAAGUAUAUUAUUUGGUAUUCAGGUUUACUAGUUUGUUGUAUCAGUUUGUAAUAUUGUACAAGAAAGUUGUUGUGAUUCUUGUAAGUUAAUACAACCAUAUAUAACUUGUAAUAAUAACAGUUCGAAGCAUAUGCAUAUCAAUUAUCGUAUUAAGUGACACAUUAUCUUUUGCCUGUGCAACAGGAAUCAGUAUCAACAUCACAAAUAGUCUCGUUAUAAUAUUAUCAUAUUCUUUAAUCUGUAUACACUAUAUACUAUUUUUAAAUCUGUAAUUUUAAGUUUGACUGCUUUUCUAUUUAACUUUUUGAUUCAUUAAUGACUAUUUCACUAUUUCCUGCGUUAGCUGUCACUAUGAUCAGAUGCUUGAGCAUGAAACUUUGAUUUUUUUUAUUCCCAAAUUACUUAUAUUUGUUUUCCUGUUGUUACUUUCUAAAUCGUCUUCCAUUUCCUUUACGAAAUAAGCAAAAAAUGUUAUUUUUUAAAACAACCGUUGUUUUUUUUUGAAACAAGUACUAAGUAAACAAAAAUAAACGCUACCACAGUAGCAAACACUGCUGCUACUGAUUACUGUUGCUAUUCUUUAGCCGAUCGUAAUUACUUUAAUUUUUGUCGUUAGCUCCUGGAAUUCCUUGCACAAUUUGUACGGAUACAAUUAAUUGAAUUUCAUUUCAUCAAUUUUUAGAUGUUAGUAGUUGUUGUUGGCGUUUAUUGUUUUUAUGGAUGAUUAUUUUGUUUGUCGAUUUGUUCAACUGUAAUUGAUUUGAAGACAUUUUAAUUAAGUCUUGGAAGUAUUUUUUGCUUGAAUUUUAAGUGAGCUUUUCUUCUCGAGUCCUUGAUCAGGUUACUCAAUGAUACUCUAGAGAGAACUUGCUUCGAUCUUAUAUAAGGCCUUCACACGAUAGGCUAACUGAUUCAACCUUGGGGCUAGGAAUGUGUGCGUCCAAAUGGAACUCAAAUGGCCUUGUACAGUGACGAAAACUACCUGAUUGGUUGACAAGCGUGAGUGAAGACAAGUCAAAUAAAGCACUACUCGGUGUAUUUCUGAUUUGGAUUAGUGUAAAAGACACGAAUAAAUAGAUGACUUACAUGAUCACAACGCACAAACAACUAGAAAAAUACAAUUGUGUCCAAGCUGGGGAUUACGGUAGAAAAAUAGAGUACAAAAGGUUAGGUUUAAAUUACAAUAGUUUGGAACAGAAAACGGUAUGGCAGUGAGUCAUCCAUUAAACGAAAGCUUAUGGUUUAUAGAAUAGAUUUCUGACAAAAAUGAUUGUUCGUAUUUUAAAAUUUUGAACUGAGUGAAAUAACAUCCCACAAAAUAGCUCCUGUCGUUUGCCAUGUCUUCUCUAUUUUUUUGUUCACAUCAAGAGUCACUUGAAUUUUCUCACAAUUUGUUUAAGAGCAUCGUUAUA